UUCUUGUCUUUAAAAGCAAGGAAACCUUUCUACUAUCCUCUUCCCCUGGACACCAAUCGGACUAACCUUGUGCUGACCAAAGCUGAAUCACAGGCUUACUCUAGCAAAUGCUGAUCAUUGCACUGGACUUUAACUUGCAGUUUUUUUUAAAGCAGGAGUUUUAAGAAUCGUACUGCUAAGACUGGGGACGCUGUUUUCUUUCACAAAGGGAAAUCUAAGUUCAUUUCAAGGCAUUCGAAAUGGGGAAAGACUAUUAUUGCAUUUUGGGAAUUGAAAAAGGAGCUUCGGAUGAAGAUAUUAAAAAGGCUUACCGAAAACAAGCCCUCAAAUUUCAUCCGGACAAGAACAAAUCUCCUCAAGCAGAGGAAAAAUUUAAAGAGGUCGCAGAAGCUUAUGAAGUAUUGAGUGAUCCUAAAAAGAGAGAAAUAUAUGAUCAGUUUGGGGAGGAAGGGUUGAAAGGAGGAGCAGGAGGUACUGAUGGACAAGGAGGUACCUUCCGGUACACUUUUCAUGGCGAUCCUCAUGCCACAUUUGCAGCAUUUUUUGGAGGUUCCAACCCCUUUGAAAUUUUCUUUGGAAGACGGAUGGCUGGUGGUAGAGAUUCUGAUGAAAUGGAAGUAGAUGGAGAUCCUUUUAGUGCCUUUGGAUUCAGCAUGAAUGGAUAUCCGAGAGACAGAAAUUCUGUGGGGCCAUCCCGCAUCAAACAAGAUCCUCCAGUUAUUCACGAACUUAGAGUAUCACUUGAAGAAAUAUAUACUGGUUGUACCAAACGGAUGAAGAUUUCUCGAAAAAGGUUAAAUCCUGAUGGAAGGAGUUAUAGAUCUGAGGACAAAAUUCUCACCAUUGAGAUUAAAAAAGGGUGGAAAGAAGGCACCAAAAUUACUUUUCCAAGGGAAGGAGAUGAAACACCAACUAGUAUCCCAGCAGACAUUGUUUUUAUCAUUAAAGAUAAAGAUCACCCAAAAUUUAAAAGGGAUGGAUCAAAUAUAAUUUACACUGCUAAAAUUAGUUUACGAGAGGCAUUGUGUGGCUGUUCAGUUAAUGUGCCAACAAUGGAUGGAAGAACCAUACCUAUGUCAAUAAAUGAUAUUGUGAAGCCUGGAAUGAGGAGAAGAAUUAUUGGAUAUGGGCUGCCGUUUCCAAAAAAUCCUGACCAGCGUGGCGACCUUCUAAUAGAAUUUGACGUGUCCUUCCCAGAUACUAUAUCCUCAUCAUCCAAAGAAGUACUUAGGAAACAUCUUCCUGCCUCAUAGAAUGAAAACCUUUGUUACCCAUAUUUUGAUAAGGCACUGAAAAUAUAAAAGGACUGGCAGUUUACUGAUGUAGAUGUGAAUUCUGUAUAAAGAUGUGUAAAUUAUUUUGAGGAUUCAUUAAAUUGCAUGAAUAGAGACGGGUCAAAUAAAUAGGCAAAAGGGAUUUUUACAGUUAGAGAUGAAGAAACAACCAUUCACUGUAUUUUAUUUCAUUUCUCCCAAAUCAGAAAUUUUUUAGUAUUUUGCUUACAUGUAAAAUUUGUUUUUGUGGAGUUAGUAGAUAUAUUUCUAAUAAAGUACUAGACUAUCCAAGUACUUUAUUUCUUUUAUCUUUACAUUAUCAGUAUGAUAGUUUCUCAUUUAUAAUGGAAAUUUAAGUUCUUAACUAACCUACAUAUGUGAUAUGUAUUUCUAGAAAAUAAAAACCCAAGUCAUUUGGAAAUGUGGUUAACUAGAUUUAAAUCUCCAUCUGAAAUGCUGCUAUAGGGCUGGGACCCAUAAAAGAAUAUCCUAAUGCAUAUGUUUUGAUUUUUAAAGUAUGCUAUAGCAUUUCCUACUAACAUGGUUGUAAUGUUCUUAAGGCAAACCUUUUCAUCAUAGAAAGGAAAUUAAUGGCAAUUUAUCUCCUGUGGAAAUCCCAAUUGCCUGAAUUACUGAUAUUUUAGAAAUAGGCUGUUUUUAAAAUGCCAUAUGUAAUUUUAUGCAAGUUGACUAUAUAUCUUGGACUUAAUAAAUUAUAGGCACAUUUUAUUGUCCAUUAGUUUAAAAUAAUUUGUUUAAUAAUAAAUGUGUUUUUAGAGGGAAUAUUGUUACUUAGAAUUAAUUUUCCAAUUACACAGUCUUCUAUAACUUACUCAUCAUAUGCUAUAUGUAUCUUAUGCAAUUUCCCUAAAAAGAAUAAACUACCACUAUGGUGUUAAACCAAAAUAUGGGGAAAAUAAACACUAACUGCUGCUUAUGAAUGAUGUUGCUACUACUUGUUAUGCAUAUAAAUAUUUUACUUUUUCAUAUGUAUAGACUGCAUUUCUUAGGUGUUUUAAUUUUUUAAAUAUAUUUACGUUUAAAAAAU